AUGGAGAUCGACUUCAGCUCCGAGGACGGCGAGCCCAGGUACGGCUUCGAGUCGUGCGGCGCGAGCGCCGACGCGGAAGGGCGCGUCACCUUCGAGGUCUGCGGGGCGUCGUUGAUCGUGAAGCAGGGUCCCGAGCUUGGCGAGAGGCUGUGGGCCUCCGGCAUGGCGCUCGCGCGCGAGAUCGAGCGCGGCGUCGCGCUGCGUCACGUUCCGAACAGUCUGUCCGUCGCAGUGUCGUCGCGUCCAUCCGGCGCACCCGCGCGCCCCGCGCGCCGCGCCAGCGCCGGCGGGGACUCGCUCGACGUGGCGCUGGGGAGAUUGAAACUCGGAAUCGACGAAAACGACGACGACCCCCUUCGCGACGCUCGCGUCGUCGAGCUCGGCGCGGGGUGCGCGGGCCUGCCCGGGCUCGCCAUGGCGCUCAGACACGGUUGCACCGUGACCCUCACCGAGCAUCCCGACGUGCUGCCGCUGCUGCGAGCCAACGUUGAGGAGUUUCAGGCGCAGAUCAGCGCGUUGGCGUCGGUGAAUGCGUCGUUCGAGAAGCUCGCCGACGCGGCGAUGCGCGUCAGCGUCGAGGCGCUGGACUGGACCGACCGCGAGGCGCUCGCGAGGGUGGCGGAGGGGAGCGGGUACGACGUGGUCGUGUGGGCGGACGCCGGGUACCUCGGCGACGAUAACGACGCGCUGUUAUCGGCAGCCGUGGCGUGCACGGCUCCGGGUGGGAAAAUCAUCGCGUGCGAGUCGCUGAGAUCCGAGGCGAAGACGAGGCUGCUGCGGCGAAUAUUCGGCGCGCUCGGCUUCUUCUGCGUCAAGGUGCUCGGAAACGGGAUGAAGGGUAACGCGGACACGUGGACGUACGCGAUGACGUGGCAGUGCGAAGCCGAGGCGGUUUCGGCGAGGAGACGAAUCGGCGACGGAAGUUUCGCGAUUAAGUGCGAGCGCGACGUGCAGCCGGCGGUGACGUGGAAACCUCGCACUGGCGGUCGGCGCGCGGAUGGCACGGACGGCGCGGGCGCGCGCAAGUGGCAGUCCAGCAAGAUCCGCGGCGCGUGA